AUGGCCGGAGGUGACGCCCCACCGCUAGCCGUCAAGGAAGAGGCGCAAGACGACAGCAGCACCGUCCUCAGUUACAUCAUUGUGGUCUGCUGUUUUGCUUUAAUAGGCCUCCUCAUAUUCCUCCUUAUCUACGGAGAGCAUGUCCAGAUGGCAAUACGCAAGUCCGAGAAGCACAAGCACUGCGAAGCUCCAGACUGCGAGCGCGUCAAAAAGAUGAUGCACCUUGGACCAGUGAGCGGCGAACUACCGUGCCGAGACUUCUACUCGUACGUGUGCAGCCCCUGGGCUUCCGCGAACGUCAAGGGCGUCAACGUAUCCUGGUUGAGCAGCCAAAAGUACGUGGACGACAUGCAGGAGGACAUGAAGAAACGUGGGCCCAACAUCACCUACCAAACUGUUCUCGACAUGGUGCUCAUCACCUACCGGUCUUGCCUCCUGUCGGCAACGGAAGCGCUAGAAUCUGGAAUCAGGCCAGUUUUCAACGAGUUUCGCUUAGGGAGCUGGCCGCAGUUCACCUACUCUGACACCGAAACAUACGAUGUCUUCGCGGGACUCAUUACUCUGGACUUGAAUUUGGGUAUGAAGGUCGUGUUCGUGUUUGAGAACGCCUUGUUCGGCGAGGGCGUGUUGCAGCGUAGACUGUCCAUCAAAGCGACUCCAUUUGCAUGCCCCUUUUCGCCGGAGUUGAACAAGAGCCUCGAAGGUACCUACGAAGAGUAUGUCAGGGAGGUACUUGGACUGUUUUCAUACAACGACGAUGAGGCUAUUCAAGAGCUAGUUGACAUUCAUCUCAACGUUUGUCGUGCUUCCAUAGCCAUGCAGGGCGUGCGAAAGUCGCACACUCUCCGAGAAAUCGCUGCCGUAACGAGAGAUAUGGGCUUGUCGGAGCUCAUCUGGCGCAAGGUCCUGGAGCCUAUGGGAGCCAUGACCGCGUCGACGAUCCUCCACGUCAAGCUGUACUACAUUGGAGAAGCUCUUAGAUGUCUGCUGAAGAACGUGCCCCCUGAAAGUGCGAUGAGAUUCUUUGGCUUCUCGAUACUCACGCAGAUGGCAGCGCACCAAGAGCCGCUCCGAAAAGUUAUGGACAAGUACUUUUUCUUCAACCACCCUAUGGAGCCCAGCCCGGUUCAUACUGAAAACUGCGUGUCUUUCAUCUUCACCCAUUUCGUAGAAGCAUGGAAUCUGUACGUUCUAUCAAUUUCGAGCGCCAACAAAGCACAGUCUAAGGACGUGAGCCAUAUCGUUGCCUCCAUAAAGAACUCCAUGAUACGCAGAAUACGCAGCUCUCAAUGGAUGGACGAGCUGUCCAAGUCCAGGACGCUGGAAAAGCUGAAAAGGACGACGGUCGUUCCACCAGUUCUCGGCUCGUAUCUGAAGAAUUUCAACCUUGCAGAAAGGUACGCCGAUUUGGAAGCACUGUCACCAACGGACUACUACGGUAACCAGCUGAAGAUACGCGCCAACAAUGCGCAGUACAACAUACGUGGCGUCAAGCGAUCUACGGGACGGGGCAACGUUGCCUUGGCCGGUGGUGAUGCCAACUGGGCCAUGAACAUGGUUCACGUGUACGCCGGACUAUUGCGGCUGCCCUUUUACUCCACCGAUGUGCCCCUCGCGAUCAAGUACGGUGGUUUGGGAAGUGCUACUGGGCGACUGUUGGCGCUACUGUUCACCGGCAAGAAUGUGAUGAAAGAUGUUCUUGGCUCUACCUCGCACUGGUGGACCGGAGGUGUGUACCAAGAGUACAAAAAGAGGGCAAUGUGUUUCGCUCAGCAAGCCAAUCCCGACGCUUCUUUGGGGGAAGAGGCUGACUUCCUAGUCGACUACCUUGGAGCACGCGUAGCACUGGACGCCCUCCUCUACGCCAUGGCCGACCGUAAGACUCGCCUCUUGAUACCCGGCAUCGCACUGAGUGAUGAGCAGCUCUUCUUCAUUACGUACUGCCACGUAAUGUGUGCCAGCGUUGAGUUCGAAGAAAAACUAAUGCUACCCGAAAGAGCGCUUAAACGCUGCAACGGGGCCGUCAUGAAUAUGCCAGAGUUCGGCAGAGCGUUCAAUUGUACGCAUGGCAAGGUCGACAAAGACGCGAUUCUCAACCCCGCAUAUAAAUGCUCCCUCUACUGA